AUGUUACAGAUAGCGGCACCUUAUUCUAAUGCACUGGUUGGCAGGUUUGCAUUUGGUCGCCCUUCCAUGGAGAUUAUUCGCAAAUUUAUUGUUUCUUUGGGGCUGAAGGGUGAGUGUCCGAUAGGGUUAUUAGAUUCCAAGCAUAUUCUCUUACGACCUUCCGUGGAGGAGGACUACACCAGACUCUGGUGUCGAAAGUCUUGGUACAUCGGCAAAUUUCAUAUGUCCCUGUCGAAAUGGACAAUCGAUUUUAAGCCGGGAGCAGAGUCGUCCAUCGCACCAGUUUGGGUCAAUUUCCCAGGUCUUCCAUUGCCGUUUUUUGAAAAGCAGUUUCUGCUUAAGCUAGGUAACUUACUGGGCCGACCAUUAAAGGUGGAUGAAGCUACGGCUGCGCUGAAGCGUCCGUCUGUAGCGCGAAUAUUGUUGGAAGUUGAUGUAUUGAAUUCUCCAAGAUCCAGGAUUUGGAUAGGGGAUGAUCAGUGGGGUUUUUGGCAGAAGAUUGAGUAUGAAGAAUAUCCUUCGUACUGCGGUUUUUGCUCGUCCAUUGGUCAUGUCGAAAGUACCUGUCAUCAGAAGCAUCCGGAGUUGCGGCCUGUGCGACGCGCUAGACCAUCAGUUCCGUCUCAAGGCAGGCAAGUCUUUCAACCGAAGGGAGGACCGGCUGUCGAUGAAUUUCCUCCUGUGGUGGAUUCGGGGGUUGUGACAGCCCCAAGGGUACAAGUGCGCGAAAGCAGUAAUCCCACUGCAGAUUUCUCUAUUACUGUUAUCCCAUCAUCUUCGUCUAAUCCUGUUAGGGGUAACCCUACACAGACUACUGUUCAUGCUCAGGAUCCCGUUCUAACUUAUUCAUAUCGGGGGGGUGCGGCGAAUACACAGAAUGAUCUCUCAGUACUGACUUGUUUUCCCCCGGUUUCUUCUUCUCCGGUGAAAGCUUUAUCGGACACAAUUCCUUCUUUCGGCCGAGAUGAUAUUCUGUUGACUAAAUCUGUGCCUUCAAUGCCGCAGCGCGAGCGGGCUUGUUCCCUUUCUCCUCGACGGCAUGAAGGUCAUGCUCGUCUAGUGCGCUAUAACUCUGAGGGACAGUUAGGGUUGAAAGGUAUCUCUUUGGAUGAGUUAAAAAAUUUUAGGGAUCGGCUGGCCAGCAGAAUUGCAGCAUCUAAGUUAAGCGAUGACCCGGUUGUCCCUGGAGCUCUUCUGGAUGAUACAGACACACAAUUGCUGCAAAAUUUGGUUCAAAGUCACAAGACUCGUGGUAGGCAGACCAGAAAAAGAGACGAAGCUGCGGAUCAGGUGGUCCAUAUGCAUGUGUCUUUCCACUCUGGUUCUUCCAUUUUUAUUUCGGCUGUUUAUGCGAGGUGUAACAGAAUUGGUAGGCGACAGUUAUGGGAGGCUCUGGAGUAUUUUUCAACGUCUGUUACACUUCCAUGGAUGGCCGUAGGGGAUUACAAUGUUAUUUCUUCUGUGGAGGAAAGGAUUGGAGGUUCAGCCCCGAAUAUUCGUGACCUGGAAGAAUUUAACUCUGCAUUAAAUCGGAGUGGACUAUUUUCGGUACAGUUUGAGGGGUCUGCCUACACAUGGACUAAUGGGCGUAUGUGGCAGCGGCUUGAUCGAGCGGUUGUUAAUGCUGGUUGGCUGUCUUCUAUUGAGCUGACUCGAGUUGCUCAUCUUCAGCGAGGGCGAUCUGAUCAUUGUCCGUUGCUGGUUAAGGGGAGCAGCAUGAAAUUUUUUAAUAAGUUGAAGGUGGUUAAGCGAGUUUUAGCUGGAUGGAAUGUGGAUGUUUUUGGGAAUGUCUCUCAACGGGUCAAAGUGGCAGCGGAUAAUCUAUUGGCCAAGGAAUUGUUGUAUGAUCAAAAUGGGGACGUGUUGUCUAGGUCGGCAGUACAUGAGGCUCGGGCACUCCAUUCUCGGGAGUUAGCCUUAGAAUGUGAAUUCUGGAGACAGAAGGCAGCGAUCAAAUGGAUCAAAGAGGGCGACGUGAAUACCUCUUUUUUCCAUGCAACGGUUAAGCAGAAACGCAGCUCUAAUUUUAUUGCACGGAUUAGGGGCACCGGGGACAGUUGGCUUGAUGAUAUCGAGGAUAUUAAACUGUCAGCGUCUGAUUUUUUCUCCUCUUUGUUCACAGCCGACCGCGAUGUUAGUUCAGGGAGCAGGCCUUCACUUGAGCUGCCUAAGCUUACGCCAGAAGAGAAUGACAUGCUGCUGAAAUCUCCAUCGGUGGAUGAGGUUUAUACUGUUGUGUGCUCAAUGGACCCUCAGAGCGCUGCGGGGCCUGAUGGGUUUGGCGGGGGUUUUUAUCAAAGUUGUUGGGAGUGUAUAAGAGACGACUUCAUGGACGGGGUGCAGGAUUUUUUUGCUGGUGCCACAAUGCCUCGCGGAUUUUCCAGUACGACGAUCAUUUUACUCCCCAAGAGGGAAGGCGCAUGUGAGUGGAAAGAUUUCCGACCAAUUAGUUUAGCUAAUGUUAGUGCCAAGAUCAUUUCUAAGGUUUUGUCCACCCGUAUCAACCAGCUCCUUCCUAGGUUGAUUUUAGAGUUUCAGACUGGUUUUAUUCCGGGCAGGGGAAUACAAGAUAAUGUUUUGCUAGCUCAGGAAUUGAUUCUGGAUUUGGACAAAAAGCUGCGUCACCCUAAUGUAAUCUUGAAGUUGGAUAUGGAGAAGGCGUAUGACAGGGUGGACUGGGGGUUUUUGUUAUAUAUGCUGCGAGAAUUUGGUUUUAAAGAAGGGGUAGUGGACCUGGUUUUUCGGUUAGUAUCCAACGUCUGGUUUUCUGUCCUGGUUAAUGGGGAGCUCACCGGCUUUUUCAAGUCGACUAGAGGGGUUCGCCAGGGGGAUCCGUUAUCGUCCACUCUUUUCCUUUUUGUCUCGGAAUUUCUUGGAAGGGGUCUUCAGCGGCUGUUUUCUAGCAAUCCAGCGUUUAGAUUUUUGUCUAAGGGAGGGAUGGUCCCGUUUCUUGCGUUUGCCGAUGACGUGAUUAUUUUCACCCGGGCAUCGACUGAAUGCUUACAGGCAGUUUCGUCCUGUCUACACGACUAUCAAGCUCUCUCUGGCCAAAAAAUUAAUCUCUCUAAGAGUCGCUUUCUGUGUUCGUCGAAGCUCUCUUCGGAGAUUAUCCAAUUAAUUCAGCAAGAAACGGGGUUUCAAGGUCAGCCUUGGCCUGUCAAAUAUUUGGGAGUCCCGCUUUCUCUUGGCCGUAGCAAAACUGUCUUAUUUGAUGGAGUUAUUGCCUCCGUUACUAAACCGCCUAAGGGGGUCUUUAUUAGAUUGGGCAAGCUGUUUAACGCCUUUCUAUGGGAUGGCAAGGAUGGUAGGAGGAUUCAUUGGUCCUCUUGGGAAAAAGUCUGUUUUCCAGUUGAAGAAGGGGGAUUGGGGUUUCGGUCUCUUUUGGAUUUGGAGAGGGCUUUUGCUAUGAAAUUAUGGUGGACAAUACGUCAAAAGAGGUCUCCUUGGGCCAGAUUUAUGCACCGUAAGUACAUUGGCGAGCAACAUCCAGGUUUGGCUUCGGCUGCUGUGGGGUCGGCAACAUGGAAGAGGGUCUGUUUGGUGCGGGCUAUCACUGAAGAUAACAUUCGUUGGCGGCUCGGUGAAGGCUUCAUCGAUUUGUGGUAUGAUCGAUGGCUUUUCAAUGAACCACUUAGCAGCCAGGUUACUGGUGCGCCUCCUCACUUUUUGGUAGCUGAGUUUUACACCUCUACGGGGUGGAAUACUGAUCGUCUCCUCCAGGUUCUUCCACGAUCUAUUGUUAAUAUUAUUUCUCAAACAUUUGUUGAUCCGAAGCUUAAGGACGAGUUAAUUUGGGCUCCUUCCGCUGAUGGUGCAUUUUCAGUGUCGUCAGCCUGGGAACUGGUUCGGCAGCGGCGUAACACGUCUUUGAUUUGCCAUGGAAUUUGGUGUCCGUUACUCCCGUUAAAAAUGUCGUACUUAGCUUGGAGGGUUUUGUCUGAUUUUCUCCCUCUGGACGACAAGCUCCGGUCUAGAGGAAUGGCCAUGGUUUCUAAAUGUGAUUGCUGUGGUAAUGCGGUGGAAUCCUUGAAUCAUAUUUUCUUACAUGGCAGGUUAGCAAGUGCUGUUUGGCAGCAUUUCUUUCUGGCUUGCGGAAUUCAGUGGCGUUCAUUCUCAUGUGUUUCUUCACUGCUAGUGGUGUGGUUCCAAUCUUCUAGCAAUGGCCGAUUGGAUCAUGUUCGGUGUGUCAUACCGGUAGUGGUGUUAUGGUUUCUAUGGCGUAGUAGAAAUGAUGCUCGGUUUGGAAAUCUUCACCCUGUCCAUUCCAAAGUUAUCUUCGAAGCCAAUGGGUGGUUGGUUGCUAAGGGGGCGGCUUGUAUGUUAAACAAAGUGCAGUUGGAGGGGGAUAUGAAUACGUAUUUUGCACGGUUUUUUCUGGUCAAGCCAGCCAAAUCAUUCUGUCUGAAGGCUAUAUCAUGGAUGAAGCCGCCUAGAGGGUCGUUCAAACUCAACACAGAUGCAAGUGUGAUCAAUGGUUUAGCUAAAGGUGGUGGGGUGGUACGUGAUUCUGAAGGGAAGAUGAUUGGUGCUUUUUAUAAGGAAAUUGGGGAAUAUGAAGUGGUAUAUGCGGAGGGCUUGGCAUUGUGUUCUGGGCUGCAGUGGUGUAUGGGGGCAGGGUUGUCAGGUAUUUUGGUAGAGGUGGAUUCCUUAGUUUUGGUAAGGUUAGUCCAGAAUCGAUCGGUUGGUAAGUGGCCGUUGUGUAGCGUCUUAAGUCAAAUUCGCUUGUUACUGGGCAAGGUGAAGGGGUCUAUUACACAUAUUCAUCGUGAGGCGAAUGCCGUGGCAGAUAGCUUAGCUGCGUUAUCUCGGGAGAGUCCAUAUGUUACAUUUCAAUCUGUUCAGCAGCUUCCAAGUAGAGUUCGGUCGCUGAUUAAUUUGGAUGCGAUAGGUGUUCAAGAAGGACUUAAGGAGCUCAUAAUUCAUGAUCAAAACAAUGUUCCACAAGAAGAGCUCUCAAAAGAAGAUGAUCCCCAAGACAAUCAAGCAUUGGAAGAAAAUGACAAUCAUGAUGAUGUACCUAGGGAUCUUCCAAAAGCUUGA